AGCACACAUUCGGGUAUAAAUAUGCUCCACGCAGAGCAGUGGUAUAUCAAACAGUUUCUAGCCUUCCAAAGAAGCAAGACAACGAAAUAUUCCACCAUGUUCAAAUACGCCGUCGUCGUUCUCGUUCUCGUUGCCUGCGCUGCUGCCAAGCCUGGACUCCUGGGUGCUCCCCUGGCAUACACUGCUCCUCUGGCUUACUCUGCUCCUCUGGCCUACUCUGCUCCUGCUGCCGUGGUAGCUGCUCCCGCUCCAGUUGUGACCGCCACCAGUAGCCAGGUGAUCGCCAGGAACUACAAUGGGAUCGCCGCUGCUCCUGUGAUUGCUCCCGUUGCUGCUCCAGUAGUGGCCAAGUACGUGGCUGCUCCUCUGUCUGCACCACUGGCCUACUCCUCGCCAUUGGUUUACUCCGCACCACUGAGCUACGCCGCUGCUCCCGCACCAUUUCUCAUUUAAAUUUGUAUGCUGUGAUUAUCUAGGACGAUAAAUAUAUUAAAAAUGAACGCUUAAA